CUUGGACCCGGCAAACAAUCUGGAUUCAGUCUUUCGAGCUCUACACUGAUGAAUACCACAAGAGAACAACAACAUGAUGAAUUUGACGACUUCUCCCUCCCAAAUUUUUCCAGUGAUUUCGAUUCCGGUUCAUCACUGAUGGAUGAGGUGCUGAAGAUGCUGAGCACGACGUCGACUGUCACAGAGGAUGAUGAGAUGAAGGGCCUGCUUGCCGGCUUCGAGAACCUGGGCCUCUCCGUUUACCUCAAUCAGAAUGAAGCCAAUGGUAAAAAUGAAGGGGGUGGCAAUGUCGAUGACGGUAACCAGAUUGGUGCCACUGGAGGGAGUUGUUUGAACGUCGAUCCUCCUUACAAUGUCAAGGUCGGUGGGCCAGAGUUGAAGUCUGGUUACAAAGAAGGUGGUGGCGGGGGUGGUAGCGAUCAGCGGCUAAAUAGAAGAAUUCAAAAUGUUUUAAAGGAUGAAGAUGAUGAUCAUAUUCGAACAAAUACACCGUCCAACGGUUACAACAACACCAACAACACUAAUAACAACAACAUUAGUACAGCAGCCUCGAUGAUAUCACCGCACAUGAAUAAAUACAACAAGCCAAUUAACACGUCGUCGCCUAAUUCACUAAACAGCAACAACAGCAAUAGAGAUGCGAGCAGAUCAGUAACUGAAGGCUACAAUGCAAACUCUCCUAACAACCACAACAACAUUAACAACAGUAACAUCAAUAACAAUAAUAACAACAGUCAUUCCCCAGUUCAUGAUAAGCACGAUGAACAUGAUGAUGAUGUUGAUGAUGUGCGUGAGGAUGAGCAUGACAGAGAUAGUAAUGCAGAUGAUGUUGACGUUGGCGAUGAUGUGGAUGUUGAGGAUGAAGGAAGCAUGUUUGAAUCAUCAUCGGCCUCGUCCAAUAGAGAUUUGAAUGGUCACUACAAUGGUCUCGAUGAUGACAAAAAAUCAAAAAUUUCUACAUCAUCUACUGAGAGGCAGCAUCACCACCACUUCCACUUACAGCAACAACAACAACAGCGAUCUCAGAAUGAAAACAACAACGUUACGUCAACAGCAUCCAUUCAACUCAACAAAAAUCUCAGUUCAUACAGCCCAUCUUCUUCAAACAGCCAAGCAUCUUCAUACGACAACAGACAACCAGGCAGUUCAUCUCCAAGAAGGACAGAUCCUUCAAACAGAGUUCAGUCACAACUUUCGUCAGAGAACGUGAGCGGUACAUCGACAGAUCAACAAGACCAACAACGAAGUUCCCUGAGAACGGUGAACCUUGGUGGUGUCUCAAGAUCAUCGACAUCUUCAUCGUCAUCAGCUCAACAGCCAUCGUCCAUGCCAUCCUUCAUCCCAUCUUCCACCGCCUCUCGCAAUCAGAACCUUCGAGCUCCCAUCAUCCCGGGCCGACCGGCUCCCCUGGCUAGCACGGAUGACGACGUGGACAGUGCCAGCCUGGACACCAAUCCACUGAGGCGUCUCAGGCAGUCGGCAGGCACCAGACCAAUGAUGACAUUCAGAACUGCCAACUCAACUCGAUAGAUCAUGUGUUUCAUUCUUUUCGUCGGUUGCUUGUCGGGCCUGUCGGUUACGUUAUCAACUGAUCAGUGCAGUGCAUCAACUGAUCUUUCGUAUCUACGUGUACAUAAAGUUUAAUUUUAAAUGAUGAUCGUGUCGGUUAUUUUAUUCAUUGACGGAGUAAUUUAUUUUUAUUUAAUCAGUCGUACGUCACAUGGUCGCAUGGAGCUGCUCAUCCUCUAAGGUAGAGUUAGUUAGUCACCGGUACAGCAAACCGUUCAUUAAAUUGUUUGCACUCGCCUAGCACUCCACUGAAAUAAUUCUGCUAUUUUAUUUCGAAUUUUCACAAGAGCAAGUUACAUGAGCCACAAAAUAGCGUGCUAUUUCAUUUAUAGUCUUAAUUUGGGUUUUAUCGGCAAACAUUCUCAAAAAGUUUUAAUAUAGAGAUGCAUUGCAAAAAUGUGAUGGAUCGUAAUUAAUCAUUGCUUACUCUUUUUAACGUGCUCAAUUGUGCAAUGAAUGGGGUGACAUUUUCCACAUAAUGUAAAUAAGUACAUUGUUCUGCUAUUAUGUGAUAUAUCUCCACUCUGAAAGGAUAAGCAAAUUGAUUGAUUGGUGAGUAUCAUCAAGCAAAUUGAUGAAAUGGGUUAAGAAUGUAAAAAAUGGGUUAAGGAUGUAAAAAAAAAUAUUGAAUAACUAGCCAAUCGUGUUUUUUUUUGUUUUGUUAAUGUUUUUGCUCAGAACAAUUCAACAUAUUUCGAGAAGUUUAUAUUAAAAAAAUAUUGUUAAAAAACUCCAAAUUUAUUUUUAGCAAGUUUCUAAUGUGCGACUGCAUUCUUAACUAGAAAUAAAUAGACGUAUUCGCUUAUUUUCAUCUUCAUUGUCGUGAGAUAUAAACAAAGAUUAUCAUCAAACGUACGUAUUUUCAUGUCGUUCUAAGUCCUUUCACUCUCUUAUGUUAUUUCUUUUUAUUUUAUGUUAACUGAUGUUCUAGUUUUUAUUCUUUUAAAAGUUUUCAAAGGAGGAUUUUUGUGAAUGAGAUAUUUUGCCUCUACACUAUAAAGUCUGGGACCACGUUAGAACUUUUUAAAUCUUUCAUCUUUUUUUUUUUAUUUACAAUUUUCACUGAUUCUAAUGAGACUUUUAAAUUGAAAUUUCAUUAACUUUUUUUCUCAUCAUUAUGGAUGUUGUUUUAUAAUAAUAAUUUUAAAUACAGUAAAGGCUAGCGGUCUUAAAUCGAAAGGUAUUUAAAUGAGGUACCGUCAGUUUUUAGGUAUCGAACUUGUGCGUAUUUUUAAGUUUGAUUCUUUUGUUAAUGCUAAAAAUAAAGUAGUCACACACAUCUAAUGUCGAUACGUUAUUCAUUUUCUUCAUCGUAUUUUCAAUCAUUGCCGUCAUGUUCAUCCAUUCAUUAGUUCGUUCGUUCGUUCGUUUGUGUUUUUUACUCAUUUCUAGAAUUUUGUAAAAAAAUUAUGUCGUUCUUUAUUCAGAUUUUAUUUAAUUUUAAAUUGCACUAUCUACUACAUUUUAAAAGCAAUGCGCACAUAACUAGCGUCACGUAUCUUACGGUAUCUACUAGUGAUCGAAAGUUUUCUUCAUUCAUAUAAUUAAUCAAUUAAUUAAUUAAUCAAUCAGUUGGGUAUAAUUAUGUUAUAAUGAGUGAUUUUUCGGCUUACAAGCUUUAAAAUAAUUUUAAAACAUGAACUUAAUCAAUCAUUGUCCUUUGUUACAUAUUUGAUUGCUAAUGUUAAAUAUCUUAAAUUAAGUAGACAAGACGACAUUUAAAAGAGAACUAUCAUGUUCAACGUUUUUGUGUUUUUAAACAACCUUCUAAGAAUAAAUCAAUGAAAAAUCUACGAAAUGCGUUAUUUCCAUUCUCAUCUUCGUUUUAUAAAAUAUACAUAAAUUGAAUUCAGCGUUAUAUUUUAGCAAUUGAAUGAAUGUUUAUUUCUUGGUUGUAACUCUUCUGAGAUGAAAAUAAAAUGAA